GCUGUUUUUAGAGCUUGGCAGAAGCCUUACCUGAUUUUUCCUGAGAGCAGCUGAUAGACAGGACAGCCUGGUGGGCACACUGAUUCACACACACUGCUGUUCGGAGCAUCAAGCACAAGCCCACACAUCUAGACCUGUCUCGAGCUCUGAUCAUGCCUCAACACCAGAAGAGGCAGGUUACAGUGGCCCGGAGGGACCAGGGGGCUAAGAAGAAGAUGACCCUGAUCACUGUGUGUUGUGUACUGGUCACACUUGGGAUAUUGGCAGUGGGUGCUUACUUCAUCUGGUGUCUUGUCGACAGCAAGUUCUUCUUCUGCUCCCAGUCAUUGAAGUUCAUCCCUGUGGCGAUGGUGUGUGAUGGGAAAGCAGACUGUGCUGGUGGAAAGGACGAGCUCACAUGUGUGUCCAGCAAGCCGGCCAACGCCACCUUCCCAGUGCGUUUGGUGGGUGAGAGCAUGGUGCUACAGGUGUUCAGGGUGGAGGCUGGGUGGAGCACUGUGUGUGCAGACGACUGGGGAUUGAGCGACACCCGCAGGGCCUGUCAGCAUCUGGGAUACACACUGAACCCUAAAAGCAAUAGACUGGAUAUCACCAGCCUACACCACUCACUGGGAGAGUCCUUCAGUGCAGUAAGAGCAAGAACUAAGGGUCCCCUUCACACUGCACUCAUCAGCAGACAAACCUGCAUCUCAGGCUCUGUCAUAGCUCUAUCCUGCUCAGACUGUGGGGAUGCGGUGGGGCAAGACCGGGUGGUGGGAGGUUCUGACACCACCAUAGAUGAGUGGCCGUGGCAGGCCAGCCUGCAGAAAGACAAGCAGCACGUCUGUGGAGGCUCCCUGGUCUCCCUCACCUGGCUUAUCACCGCUGCACACUGCUUCAGCCGUGAUGGGAAGGAUCUGAACCUCUGGCAAGUGGUGCUGGGUAGGACCCACCUGAUGUCUACUGGUGGGAUUUCUGUAGCAGCCAUCAUAAUCAAUAAAGAUUACAAUGGUUUCACUCACGACUAUGACAUCGCCAUGCUGAAGCUCACCAGGCCUGUCACUACCGGAGACACCCUCCGCCCAGUGUGCCUGCCACCCCAUAGCCUGCCUCUGAAGGCAGGGGACCCCUUGGUGGUGACUGGCUGGGGCUUCCAGCAGGAGAAAGGUAAAAUCUCCUCAAUUCUGCAGAGUGCCACUGUGUCUCUGAUUGACAGGAAGGUGUGCUCCCGCCCCUCCAUCUACGGCCCCUCACUCACUCCCAGAAUGCUGUGCGCAGGGAACAUGGAGGGCAAAGUGGAUGCGUGCCAGGGUGACAGUGGGGGUCCACUGGUGUUCCUAUCCAAGUGUUGGCAGCUGGUGGGGGUGGUGAGCUGGGGGGUGGGCUGUGCCCGCCCGGGGAACCCUGGGGUCUACUGCAGCGUAGAGCAGCAACUCAACUGGAUCUACUCCAUCAUGGAGAUGUACUCCUAAAAAUCCAGUUUCUCUCCAAGAUGACUCUCUCUCAAUGAGCGCUGAGUGAGUCUGGCAAACAUUCACUCAAAGGACC